AUGUAUGCUCGGGCUCCCCGUGUGCUUAGAUUGGCUGAAGGUGGCAACAUUGAGGAUCCUGUGGGUCCUGGAUCCUACCAGGUACCUUUCCUGAAGCAGCAGGCAACAGUUGAUCAGGGAUUUCCACCCAGGAUUUGCAGCCCGGAAGGAAUAGGACUCAGCUGCUCUGAUUUCAUGAGUGGGAGAGAUAAUGGAUAUUCUGAUUCCAGAUUACAUCUUAUCAGACAUUUUCCUUGCUACAUGGUCUGCAAAAUUAGGGUAUUUAUACAGGGCACCGGUAAGAUGAAGAAAAUAUCCAGGGCACUUACAGUUUCCAGAAGUGUUGAUGUUCCUUCAAUUCCUUCUUGUGGACGGCCAUAUGGUUAUCAUAUUAAUGAGGAUGGCAGUAUCACAAAACGUUUUCCACCUGCUAUUGACAGUACACUAGGUCCAGCAUACUAUAAACCUCAAUUUGAUUUUUCCAAUGUAACUUUGAAAUACAAGGGGAUACAUUUUGGCAACUCUUUGGGAAGACUAGAGUUACCUAUAAAGUCAGGGCCUGGUCCUGGACAGUAUGAUAUAACCCAGAAAAAGGCACUACAUUAUGAAAAUAUUAACAUCAAGAAAGAUCAACAGCAAAAUCAUUGCUCAAAUCUCCCACGACUUUAUGAAGUAAUAAUAUUGCAGGAGGAAAAAAAAAAAAGGUUUGUCCCUAUGAAAUCAAUCACCCCAGCUCCUGGUGCAUAUAAUGAAUCUCGAACUGCUUUCAAGCUCUUGAAGAAAACACCAGGACUGAAAAAUACCUCAUUUGGUCAAAGUGCUGCUCGAUUCACACAAGACUCUAGGACAGAGAAAAUGCCAGGUCCUGGGUUUUAUAAUCUCCAAAACAAUACUUUAAUUGACAACUUUAGCAAUACCUGCUUGAAGAAACAAAAGAAAAGUGCAUUUGGUUCUUCUGUUCCUCGGACUCUCUUCCUGGUUCAGAAAGAAGUUUUUCCUACUCCUGGGCCUGCUGGCUAUAAGGUAAUAUGGAAUUCACAGGUCUGUGGAAUUUCUGAUGAACUACCUAACUUGACUAACCGAUAUGCUGCUUUCUCGUCAAGAACAGAAAGAACUACUAAAGUAUCAGAUAUGGAUGUUCCAGCACCAGGCACCUAUGAUGUUCAAAAACCAUAUGAGAUGUCUCAAGUUCAGCAUAAAUACAUGCCACCUCAUAGUGUGGUGGCUAGAAUAAAACAUGCCUCGUUUCUUAGCACAACUCCUCGGUUCCUGGACAAAAUGAAUGAUGGGCCAGGGCCUGCAACAUACAAUCCUGUUUUAAAGAAAUCUUGCUCCAUACCCUUAUUUGUUAAAGCAUCAAAGCGUUUUAAAGAUUCCAAAGAGAUUACUCCUGGUCCAGCAACAUAUGAGGUUUGUCAAUGA